CAUGAGAAACACCUAUCGCCACGAGCUGUACGCAUUUUUUUGGGUGAAAACCGAGGAUAUUCGCAGUUUGAGGAUUGUAUGUACCUAUAUAGUAUCCUUAUAGAAAAUGUCUAGCCGUCAAAUACGAAAGCUACAGCAGCAACGGGAGUUGGAGCAGGCCAAACUCCGAGAGGCAGCAGCUGAGGAGGGGUCCAACGACGAGCAAGAAGACUACCGCCCACCGGCAAAAGCGAGUUUAUUUUCCAGUUUUGCUGCACUGCAAGAUGAGGAUAUUGAUGAUGACGACGAAGAAGAAACGAAAAUAGACGAAAAGUCUCACAUGAGCGCUGACGAAGCCCAGCCAUCUCCUGCCCCGAAAAAAGCGAAGAAGUCAAAGAAGAAAAAGAAGAAAGCCAAAGCGAAGGCACAAGAAACAAGUGAAGCUCAGAAGCCCGAAACAAAAGAUGAUGGGGACGACAUAGAUGCUGCCCUUCGAGAGCUCAAUGUCAGCGAUAAAAAGGCCGGGCAAAUACCACAGCUACCGAAGCUGGAACUGGACCCAAACUAUGAGCGGAUGUGUACCUUGCUAGGCAUCAAUAGCCAGCACCUCAAAGUAGGGAAUGAGAUGAGAAAUCUCUUUGGCCGAGCUGCCGUUGAGGACAACGAUGAGGCUGGUGGGCCUGUGCCACGAGGAGGACGAAGGCGGCAGAGGGCACAGCAACAACAUGUUGACCUCGAAACGGCAUUGAAGGGCCACCACGCUCCUGGAAAGGGGUUGCCUGAUGUGACUCUGAGGAGGAAUAUAUUUAUACAAGGCAAAGACGAGUGGCCACGAGCAACUACAGGAGGCCUUACUAUGAAGAAGGUCGAAGAGAUAGAGCUCAUCGACGGCACUAAUGAGUUCAGAUUCGUACACGACAAUGCGUACGAAGCAGUACAGAACCAGUUCAGAAUAUACGUGGAGAUGGGCGACCCCCAGAACCUCAUAGGGUUGCUUCAGAAAAACCCAUAUCACAUUUCACUGCUCCUCCAAGUGAGUAAGAUAGCCAAAGAUCAAUCGGAUCAUUCGCUAUCCAAUGACCUCAUCGAGCGUGCUCUGUUUUCAUUCGGACGAGCCGCCACGUCACUCUUCGCAACGAAGAUGUCCCUAGGUAAAGCGCGUCUGGAUUUCGCCAGACCCGAAAACAGAGAGUUAUGGCUCGCGGGCUAUCAUUACAUCAGGAGCUUGACAAUGAAGGGGACUUAUAGGACUGCAUUUGAGUGGGCCAAGCUUCUCCUAUUACUUGACCUCGAAGACGAUCCGUACUGCUUCAAACUCGUCGUUCACCAUUUAGCAAUACGAGCCCACCAAUUUGAGUGGCUAGUAGACGCCGUAUCAUCACCAAUGUUCGGCGACGACAGGGGCUUCACGGAAGACUUCCAGCUUCCAUCCCUGGCCCUUGCCCACAUGCAUCUCAAGCACGGCGCUGAGUGCCGAGAAGUCCUCGGCCGAGCCAUAAAGAAAUUCCCCUACCUCUUCUGCCUGCUCUUCAAAGAGCUCAACCUCGACGACGCGCCCCCCUCCAUCUGGGGCAUCCUCCCCCGCAACAAGGGCGAAGAAUUCUUCUCCAGCGUCUACAUCAAGCAAACGAAAGACCUCUGGAGCACCCCCGAAGCCACCUCCCUCCUCGUCGAGGUCGCGCACGCGGUAGGCAAAUCCGACCCCAAGGAUAUCAUCCCCAUUCCCAACGAAUGCAUGGACCUCGACGCCGCGCGCUUCAUCUACCUCGACAACACGCCCGCGCUGAUGUCGCUCGUGCCCUCCCACCUCAUGCACCGCCUCCCAAACUCGGACUCCGACCCCCUUCCCCCGGAGGCCGAGAUGAACAUCUUCUCGCACCCGACGCAGCGCCUUGCGUUCGCGACGGGCGCAUCGGGGAUGGGGCCUAAUGGCGAACUAGAGGGCUUCUUCGACCCCGUCGCCGCGAUACGGCAGCUCAUCCCAGGGUGGAGGGGUCCGCCGCCCGAGACGGAUGAGUUGAUACCUGGCGUGAUCGAGGCGGGGCCGAUCCAGGAGAUUGUGGACCGGGAGACGGAGAAUGGGGAGUUCGCAGCUGUGGAGGCGCUGAAUCGGGGGGAUUGGGCGGCGGAGGGGCAUGUAAGGAAUUUGGGGAGCGUGAGGAGGCUGUAUCGGUAUUUGUUUGGGGAUAGGUCGCAUGUUACGGAGGAGGAGAGAGCGGAGGGGCAGAGGAGGAGGGAGGAGCUGAGGGAGCAGAUUGGGAAUAAUCCGGAGCUGGUGGAGCGGGUGUUGAGGGAGGAUGAUGAUGAGUUUCCGGAGGGAUAUAGUGAUUAUGAUGACGAGGAGGAGGAGGAUGAGUUUGAGGAUGCGGAAGAGACGCACGAGGGUACUGUGGAGGAUGCGGAAGAGAGGCACGCGGGUAAUGUCGAGAUUGCGGGAGAAAGGCACGAGGGUAAUACUCGGUAGACCGCCCGCAACCAAAAAUACAAAUACCAGCAUAUGCGCUGUAACCAGCCAUAACAUGCAUCCCAUUGUAACAACCACACCAGUCUCACCCCCAAAAACAGCGUCAUCCCAGCGUACCGCCUCACCCUGC